ACCCCGGUCUUGUGACCGGCAGGAGGGCGGGGAACCCUUGGCGCGCCCGCCCCGCCCGGCGCGCGCCUAACAGGGCCGAGCUGCUUGGGACACCGCGGUCGCUGCUACCUCCUCCAUCCCCGCCGGGCCGAAGGGAGCGAGCCGGGCCGGAGCUGGCGGGCGCGCGGCCCCGGGGGCCGCCAUGGACCACAAGCCCCUGUUGCAGGAGCGCCCGCCCGCCUACAAUCUGGAGGCCGGCCAGGGCGACUACGCGUGCGGCCCGCACGGUUACGGGGCCAUCCCCACCGCGCCCCCGCCGCCGCCCUACCCCUACCUCGUCACAGGGAUCCCCACCAGCCACCCCCGGGUCUAUAACAUCCACAGUCGAACGGUCACCCGGUAUCCUGCCAACUCCAUCGUCGUGGUCGGAGGCUGCCCGGUCUGCAGAGUUGGUGUCCUGGAGUACUGCUUCACCUGCCUGGGCAUCUUCUUGGCCAUCGUCCUGUUUCCUUUUGGGUUCAUCUGCUGCUUUGCAUUGAGGAAGCGAAGAUGCCCUAACUGUGGAGCAGUCUUUACUUAAAGGGAACAACACACCCAGUUUUCCUACAUUCAACUAUCUUUUCUAAUGUAAAUGUUGUGUACAAUAGUUUUAUCUGAUUAAGCUUCAGGACUGUUUUGUAAAGUGUGGUGGGAUAGACUUGGCCUACAUGGGCUGACUCGCAGUGCAAGGCAGCGAACUGCUCCCGAGGUUAGGAGAACUCAAGACAGCACCGCUUCUAGUUUCUGCAGUCUUCGAUUCGAGAUGGUGAGAAUACUGUUUAAAUAAAUGAGAUUCAUACCAUUGUGUA